AUGGGCACCUCUGAGAGUUUAACCCUUAACUUUUUAGGAGAUACCCUAGUCGGAAAUAUUAUGCCCUCACAACCAUUCCUUCUGCCCAGAAAAAUUCUGCAGAACCUCUCACCUCAAGGUUCCCCAAGGCUAGCGAAGCAUCCUACUUUCAAUUGGGGCCGUGCAAUCGGCUACCCUUUCAUUCGCCGCUCCGGUAAGCUUAUACCUCCUCAUACUUUUAUUUAUUAA